UCGCCAUUCUACACGCGAUCACUUUUCACUCGGGUGGAGCUCAUUUGAACUUUUCUUCAGUUAUUUUCGGCCCAGUAUGCUUCGGUUGUCAUGUCUACAGAUAGAAUCGAGCCGAUGAAUUAAGCGUAAGAAGUUUUCCCUUCAAUGAGGACAGGUCGUGAUAGCUUUGAACAGUUUUCUUCUUUUAGACUAUAAGAAGAUUUUAGUCUUUGUCUGACAACCGGCCAUUAAGAUGGGAACAAAUGAAGAAAAGCAAGAAAAAUGUGGAACCAUCUGCCUGAAGUACCUGCUCUUCACAUUCAACUUCCUGUUUUGGUUGGCAGGAGGUGCUGUGAUGGCAGUGGGCAUCUGGACAUUAGUGGAAAAGAGUGACUACAUCAGUUUGCUCUCAUCAAAGAUCUACGCUGUCUCUGCUUACAUUCUGAUCGUGGCCGGAGCGAUCGUCAUGGUAACGGGGGUGUUGGGCUGCUGUGCCACUUUCAAGGAGCAGAGACGUCUAUUGAGAGUGUAUUUUGUGUUGCUGCUGUGUAUUUUUAUGCUGGAGAUUCUGGCUGGAGUUUUGGCGUACAUUUAUUACCAGCAGCUGAAUGAGGAGCUGAGGGAGAACCUGAGGGAGACCAUGGUUCAGCAGUACCAUCAGCCCGAGCAGGAUCAUGUGACAAAGGCUGUAGACAAACUGCAGCAGGAGUUCAAGUGUUGUGGCAGUAAUAGCUCGUCUGAUUGGACAGAUAGUGUGUGGAUUCGCUCCAUUGCGUCUGACGGUCGGGUCGUCCCGGACAGCUGCUGUAAGAGCCCGUCUGAUCGUUGCGGUCAGAGAGAUCACCCCUCAAACAUCUAUAAAGUAGAGGGCGGCUGCAUUACAAAACUGGAGAACUUCAUUCUGAAUCAUCUACAGAUCAUUGGUGCUGUGGGAGUGGGUGUGGCCUGUGUGCAGAUCGUUGGCAUGGUCUUCACGUGUUGCCUGUACAGGAGUCUGAAAUCGGAGCCGUACUGAACAUGCUCCGCAUCCUCCACUUCAUUAUCAUGUGCCACACAUGUGCUUUAAACAGGAGGUUUGACAGCCACUUCCAUUCUGCUGAGAGUCUCCUUUUGAUAUAAUACUUGUUACUUCAUGAUUAUGUAUCAAAUCAAUGUUCACUACAACUGACACACACGUAUAAACUGUAUGUUAUAUGCACUGUUUUUAUAAUUCGUGACACGCAUUUCAAAUACUACUGAGAUUGAAAUAUUAUUGAUUGGAGGGAUUUAAGGAACUUCAGCACAUUUUGUUGUUUUAUACAUGAAAACCUAUAUAAAAAUGUGUUGUUUCAUCUCUCUCUGUGUGCGCUUGUUUUUUUAUGAAGAUCAUUACUGUUAUUUGAAAUAUUUAAUGUAGAACGACAUUAUCUUUAAUAUGAAUAAAACUGGACUGUCCAUUCAUCCAUCAGAAUGUAAUAUAUCUGCUGUCAGUUUUUGUUAAUGUCAAUUUAAUUAUAAAAAGAUGAGGAAAUAAGAAAACAGACCAAAAACUGUUGUCAGUACACUCCUGAGUUUGUAUGAGUGUACAGUAGCUACUGUAACCUGCUAAACCAGUAUAGAUACUGUACAUGAGGGUGGGGUUGUAAGAUUCAUCUAAUUCCAUUCACAUAACGCAGUAAAACUGACGAGACUAAAGUAGGGACACGCUGCUUUUACAGCCAAAUAUGUUUCUUGGAGCAGCAUUUCAAUAAGCGCCGACCCUGUAGUAUCAUGAUAUUCUGUGUUUCAAGAGCAUACUGGGGCUGCGUCUCAACUUGCAUUAUAUCCCUAAAUAUUAUGCAGGAUUACAAUUAGUGCAUCCCAAAUCAAUGUUAGAAGUAGUAUUCCAAAUUUUACCAGAUUCCAGUGGACUUAAAGUGUGAAUGUGUGCAUGCUUUUUCACCUGAAAUUACACAACCACAAGAAAGGUUUAGCACAGUGGUAUCAAGACAUUUUGAUGACUUGGCAGUAUUAAUUAAAACCGGUGUAAUAAAAGUGCACUGUCCAUCAACAGAAAAUCCAUAAUUUAUUAAGUACCUAAAAUGAUGUUCUGAAUAUCUUUAGAAGAUUUGAUGUCACUUUGGCAACUCCAGUGAUUAUUUAAUUCUCAAAAGCUCCGCUCAUGGGGUAAAUAAAGGCCCCUUCAGAAAAUGGUGCACCAUUUCCUGAGCAAUUCAAUCUGAAGUAUUCUAUAAACAAAUGAAUCUCCAUUGUGAUUGGAUCAGUAAUGUGAAGCCCACUUCAAACAUCCCUUACAACAAAUCUGUUCCACCCUCUUAAAGGUACACUCAGUAACUUUUGUCUUUAUGUCAUCUUGGACUUACACUGACACCUAGUGUUUUGGAUGCAGCAUCAUUUCAAAUCAAUAGUUUUCAGUUUCAGAUGUCAUAGAAAUGUGUUCACAGUCAGACAUGAUUACUUUAAUCAAUAAGUGAAAGUGUCCAAUAACAGGACGGUUACUGAGAUUAAGUGAGUAGUAUUCGGCUGGUCAUGUGAUUGUAACAUGUGUGGACCCUCUUCAUGUAGAAUAA